AUGAGAUAUUUGUAAGUCAAGAGCAAAAUAUUUUAAAUGUAUCUCAGAGGACUGCGAGGGUUUUUCCAACCCCAAGACGCAACGGUGAAUAAGAGAAAAAUGAGAAUAUUUUUAAGUCUCUUGUUUUCAUUAUAUUCAUAUGGAUGGAUUUAACAUAAUUGGUUGAAACAUGUAAUUUUUAGAAUUCAACAAAGGAAUUUGAUAUUAGAAAAUAACCAAACUUUUUGAUUCCAAUUUGGGUUUAUCAUGCUAGAAGAGAGCAUUAUAUAUAUUAUGAACAAUCAAGAUUGGCUAGAGGAUUGAGCACUACAUUCUCAUAUUAUGAUUGGGAUCCAGUUUCAUAGAUGGUUUGCUAUACAGAUAAACAAGGUAAACAAAAAUUCGAGAAAAGCAUUUUUAAUAGAGAGAGACUCGAUAUCAUUGAUAAUGCUCUUUUUGAGGAGAUCUUUAGGGGAGAAAUGACAUCAGAAAAAAUUAAACGUGGGUCACUUUUAGUGGCCUAUGAAUUGAAUUGCAAUAAUAGAUUUGAUUUAGAUGUAUGUAAACAUUACUACUUAGAAUUAUUUACAUUACAAACCUAUAAACCCUAUGGAUUUUAUUAGAGGGCUUCAUUUUUAAUUUUAUGUGCAAUUAGGAUUGACAAAUUAGUAUAGAUAUGAUCAUUUCAUAUCCAAACCUGAUUGGCUGUAUGAAUGGGAACAAUGGAAGAUUGAAUUAAAUGGGAUGGAUCGAUUAAAUUAUUUUAAUAAAUUCAUCUCAUAAAAAUGA